AUGCAAGCGGCACUGCCUCAUGCACUGGAGGCCAUCAUGAAGGUCUAUGAGGAAACUCCAGUCGCUCCUCGUAUGGCUGAGCCAUUGGAAGUCGCGUGGACGGUGGCAAUGUUGUAUGAGGAGAAUGCGGGGUGGCUGAAUGGAUUGUAUGAUCCUGUGACUGGAGGUUCCAUUUUAUCAUGA